GGAGAAUACGACACAGGAUUUUUGUAUCAUUGUGCAUUUUCCUCUGAGCAGCAGCAAAAAGAUCCUGAGACUCGGCAGGAUGAACCCUUUGAUGUUAUCCCUAUUGAAGAUGCAGAUGAAACUCCCAUUCAACGCAUCACAUUUUGCUCCACAGGUUUACUAAUGUUUUGUGGAAUGCAGAAUGGAAUAGUGAGGAUUUAUCCUCUCCAUAGCAAAGAACUCUGUGUGGACAACAUAGCUGGAUAUUGGUCGUUCAGUUUGCAUGAUAAUGACUAUGGGCAAAUUCAAGGGAUAUACUCCAGUUUUGAUGAUCGAUUUCUAGUAACUUGUGGAGCAGAUGGCAACAUCUUUGCCUAUAACAUUCUUUCUGCUGAGGAAGUUAAGAAAGUCCUGAAGACUAAAGUGCCUUCUCCAAGAAGUGGUCUUGACAAAGAGAAAGUAGCAGAUGAUAUUGAGGAUAUAUAUGCCUACAGUAUUGAGAAUGCCAAGCAAAAAAGAGAAUAUGAUCAGAUAAUGAGUACUGCAGAAUAUAAGAAAUAUUUGAAGAGAAAAGAACUGGUUUUAUUCAGGCAGGAGUUUCAGGAAUUGCUCCGGAUCAAUAGUGAAUUGCCCAAACACAUGCAGCUCCUUAGAGAACAAUUUGAAAUGGAUCGGAGAAUUCGUGCAGAAAUGGACAGAACGACUGCAAAAACUAUUAGGCACGUAAUGAGAGAGCUGGCCUGGGAACAGGAAAAACAUCGCAUUGGGUUGCGAAAAGUACAGGAACGAUACCGGGGCAACUUGGAAUAUGACACCAUUGUGGUCUGUGCCAUGAGAAGUACUCACCGAAUCUCCACAUACAGACUACUGGCAAUAUCAGAGAGUUUUUACAGAGCCAGAAAACAAAUUCACCCAGGGAAAAAGAGAAUAAGUAAAUAUGAACGGAAAGGAAAAGAAGGAGAGCAAAGAACAGACAGCCAAAGAGAUAUUAAAGCAAUACUUACAGCCCAGGCUACCAUUGAUGAAGAACCAGAAACUGAUAGAAUAAGGAAAAAAUCCCAACCUCAUACAGCAGCAAGCCGUAUUGUUGAAAAUCGAAUGGAAAAACUUCGGAAAAUCAUUGAAAAAGCAGACAAAGCCAAAGCUAAAAUCCAAAAAAGAAAGAUGGAGUGGGAUAAAUUAUUCAAAAGCAAACCAAGUGAUAACUAUGAGGAUCCUCAAGAUGUAGCAAAUAUCAAAGAAGCUCAAGAGAACAUGGGGGACUUCAAAUUAAAAACUGCCACUAACUACAAAAUUCCUGAGCAUAUGAGAAUGAAUGCUGAUAAAAAAACAAGCCAGCUGCAAGCUUUAGAAGCAGCUAUACAUGAGAAAAAACUGAUGAUGAACAAAUGGAUAGUGUCUCUCCGAGAUCUUAAAGUUGCUAUUAUAGAAGAGAUUCAGUGUGUAGUACAAGAAUUGAAAGAUAUACAGUCAUCUCUGGAUCCAUCCAAACAUCUGCCAAUACCUUCGGUUCCUCAACUACUUCCAGAAGAGACACCAGAAAAACAUUUCCAGUAUGAUCAUGACAUGCUUUUGAAAUUCAAACAAGAAGCAGAAGAGCAAGAGAAGUUAAAAAUAAUAGCAUCAUUGAUUCCUUCUGUAGAGUCUGGAAGUUUAGGAGGAUUUGGUGGAGGAUUUCUUCAUAGUCUUUCAGUCAAGGAAAUAGACAGUAGUCGGAUUGCAGGUUUAAGGCCAGGGAGACUACCAUCUGGAGUUUCUGAGGCACCACCUAAAAUAUAUGAGAUUGAGCCAGCAGAACCAACAGAACUGGAAUUGGAAAUCAGACAGAGGGAAGAGAUAAGAAAUGUUCAUCUGCAGGAAACUUUGAUCAAGAGGAUAGAUGAGCUGAUGAUCACCUUUGAUGCUGAGCUUCGCCUUCUCCGUCACCAAAAGAUGAAACUGGACAUACUAAUGAAAACCGCUGAUCUGCGCCACAUCACUUGGUUUGAAGAACUACUUCUCCUGAAGAAUUUUGAAAAACAUGAGGACAUUCUCCAAGAACGGGUCAACAGCCUUGUUAGUGAGGAAGAAGAAAUGCAAAACAAAUUAAAUGACUGGCUUGCACUAAUAGAGAAUAAAAAAACAGAAAUUGCAAAGCUCCAAGAAAGAGAAAAAAUCCUCUAUGCCACUUUUCAAGCAUCCUUGGGAGAAAAUAACAAGUUUGCUGCAUUCCUUACUAAAGUCCUCAAGAAGAAGAUCAAACGUGUUAAGAAGAAAGAAGUGGAAGGUGAAGGAGAUGAAGAUGAAGAAAGUGAGGAAGAGAGUGAAGAGGAGUCUAGUUUAGAGAGUGAUGAAGAGGAAUCAGGAUCUGAGGAUGAAGUCUUUGAUGAUACUGUUUGUCCAAAAAAUUGUGAUGAGGCACUCUUUGAGAAUACGCUGCAGCUUCGAGAGAAACGACUAGAUAUUGAAGAGGCUUUAGCUGAGGAGAAAAAGGCUAUUGAAAAUGCCAGGAAAGAAUAUGAAGCACUGACAAAGAAGGUGAAAGUAGUAGCAACCAGCUUAGAUGCUGCAGAAUGGGAACUUGAGGCCUUUCAGAGAGAAAAGCAGCAGAGGCUGAAUGAGCUGCAUGUCGUAGUCCCUCUAAAACUUCACCAGGUGGAAUAUAUAUCGAAUGGAGAAAUUCCCUCUGACCUCUCACAGUCUUUGGUAUUUACCAAUCUAUCUUUAGUGACUUUGCAGCAAAGAAUUAUGACUUUGCAGCAAGAGAAAUUAGAACAGAGGUCCCUUUAUAAGAAGGCCCGGGAACAGCAUAAACAACUAAUUCGAGACAGAAGAGAAAUAGUACAUAAGAUUGAGCAACUGGAAGAGAAAUGCAAUCAGCUGAUGAUGAUGAAAUUUGGCCGGAUUGUAGACUUGGAAGCCCUUCAGACUCUUUCUGUUAAUACAAACCUGGAAGAACUCAGGAUGAAAGUAAUGGAGAAAGAACGAGUUCAAGCCACAGAAUUAAAAAAAUGGGAGGAUACAAUCCUUGAGAUGCGUCAGCAGCAGAUGAUGGUAACAAAAGAAAAUACUGGUAAACUAAAGCAAAUGAAUGCAUUUUGCAUAGAAAAAAUGAAACUUGAAGCUAAAUUGGAUGCACUGCAGAAUAAUUUGGGGGCAGAAUUCCAAGGACCUCGCAGAGCAGACAUUGAGGAAAGGGAAAAAUUAAUUGCACUUGUUCAGCUGCAAGCCCAAGAAGCUGAAGUCUUGAAAGAAGAAAUAACUCUCCUGAGUCGAAAGGAUGGUCGUAUCUUCCCAGCCUCUCAAAGUCUUUUCCAGCGAGAUGAGAUUAUAGAUUAAACAAUAUCCUAGUUUUGGCUUUUUGUAAAAAUCAGUUUCACUUCAUGUAUAUAGAACGUGGCUCUUGAGCGUUUACCCUUAUUUUAUUUCUGGAAGAAAUGCUCUGCCUUGAACUAUUGUUUAGGUUGAAAUUUAACAUUGUAACCUCUCCUGAGAUGCAGUGAUUGAGAAAACCUGUACCAUUUGAAUGACUGUCUUUCCUACAGUUAUUAAAGAUAUAGAAUCAUUCUUGAUAAAAUAAA